AUGGCACCCAGCCAUCCUAAUAAACAACCACCCAUCAGCAUCGUCGAGCCUCCUACUUCAUCCACCAGCACCGCCGAGUCUUCUGCUUCAUCCUCCAGCACCACCGAGUAUUCUCCUUCAUCCACCGGCACUUCUGCUAUACCCACCAGCACCCCCAACACUUCUGAGAUACCCGCCAGCACCCCCGGGUAUUCCUAUCCCCCCACCACCACCACCACUACCCCCUCUGAACCAACCACCCCAUCCAGCGCGACGACCGCGGUGUCACUCCAAUCGGGAACAACCCAAACUCCUGCUGAUCCAACUGCAUCGCCAGCAGCGGGAGCGGUAGCAUCAUCAUCAGCAGCAGCAGCAGCAGCAUCAGCAUCAUCAUACCCGGGAACAACGACCAGCGUAACAACUGGCUCCACCUCAAAUCUUAACGCAGGCGCCAUUGCAGGCGGUACUAUUGGAGGAGUCGUCGUCCUAGCAUUGCUUAUCCUCGGCCUCAUCCUCUGCCGUCGCGCUCAACGAAGAAAACACAUCGCACCCUCUUCAGAAUUCGCAGAGACCAUCAAACGCGGAGAGCUGCCCGUCCUCCGCCUAGAUUGCGGCGUAGAAAUCGUACCCUCUGUCGUACAACAUCACAUCCCUCUGCCACUAAAGCAAGACUCGUAUUACACAAGUCCUGCCAUGUCGGAUAUGAAGUUUCCAGAUGGGAUGGGGGGUUCAGAUGAGCAGUCAGUGCGCUACAGUUUAGAAAAGCCGCUGCAGCCUCUUCGGCGGCCAGUCCAACAAGAUUCGAAUGAAUCUAUGAAAAUGGGCCAAGCCCCAGCACGCAGGGUAUCCAGCAUUGGCAGCUCGCAAGAGUUCUGGUCUCGCGAUACAGGGAAAUUCGACAUUCGUAAAGACUAUAGGUCCAUAUCCCCCCUUCCCGCAACCGAUAUCAGCUACGCGCCAUUGAUGCAAAAUACAUACCCCAUGGAGCCUUCCGGCGCAGUAGAGACCUUACAGAACGCAUAUGCUGAUCUGUGGAACCUCUCCGUUGCCCCAAUCGCGCAAUCACGGCCAGAUUCUGUGUGGAACGGUGCGGGUACACAGCCAUUGCCCCCGUUGAUACCUGUAUGGGUAUCACCCGUGCUUGGGUCUGUUCCUCUCCUGUUUCCAGCAUCUUUCACCAAAGUCCGGCAUACUACCGCGGGGGUAAGGCUCAUGAACAGUUAUUCCUCGCAUUCGCACACCCCGAAUAUCUGGCAAUACAAACCUGCGCCGGCGGCAGAUGUGAAGGCAGAUUUCGCACUAGGCAGUACCAAUCUGCAACUAAACAUAGCGGAUACUUCUUUGUUCCCCGAUCAUUUAGAAGUUGAGAGCAUCAUCAUCGCCUUCAACAGAUAUAGCACAGUAAGACACCCGGCCGAAGCAAUUUCUAGCACUAUCGCUUUCCAACUCAAGCUUGUCUCGUUUGCCUGUCCCUUCAUCUCCCAUCGUAUGGUCAUAUGUAGUAAAGCAGUGAUAGAUCCAAUGUAA